GCACAUUCCACGAGAUUUUGGAAAUGAUGAAAAAUGAUUGGGAGAAAUCUAUGGACAUUGAAUGUGGCCAUAGCACUAUGACAAGUAAAAUAAUAUUGGCUCAUCGUUUUUCGAAUUUAAUUAUCAGCGUUUAUUGCAUUUCUGCAUUCUUUUACGCAACUGGUACAUUCAUUAUCGGCGACAGUAAUUACGACGAGGGCGAGGAACGUGAGCUUUUACUGAAGAUGAUUUUACCUUUUAACAGCAACAAGUCGCCGAUAUAUGAAAUUGUUAUAAUAACGCAAUUUUUUCAUCAACUUUUAACAACAGCUGUGGCAGCCGUUUUGAGCUCUCUGAUUGUUGCACUGAUACUUCAUCUUGGUGGUCAGGUUGACAUACUCUGUGAAAUGUUAUUACGCAUGAGUGAAAAGGACAUAGAAGGAAAUUUGUCUCUGACCAUAUUGAAAACAGCAAUUGCAAAACAUCAAAGGAUCAUCCUAUUCUCGGAUAAUAUAGAAUCUCUAUUCACAUAUUUCAGUCUCAUGCAAUUUAUGUCUAAUGUACUUAUCAUUUGUUGUCUUGGCUUUAUGAUCGUUACCUCAAUCAGCGAGGGAGAAAUCGAAGCGGCGAGGCUGACAAAGUCGAUACUAUUCUACGUGGCGAUCGUGAUCGAGGCCUUUGUCAUCUGCUUUGCAGGAGAGUACGUCACUGCCAAGGGUAAAUUAAUCGGCGAUGUGGCAUAUGAAUCAAUAUGGUACGAUUUAAGGCCAAACGAGAGUCGAUUGUUACUAUUGGUUAUAUUACGAUCGCAAAAGAAAUUAACUAUAACCGCUGGAAAGAUAAUGGAACUAUCAUUGGAACGUUUCACUGCUAUUAUAAAGGCCUCGGCAUCAUACGUGUCCGUUCUUCUUGCGAUGUAUUAAUCAGCUGAUAUUAAUAAUAAUUAUUACUACGUAUGUAAUAUACACAUGUAUAUGUAUAUAUAUAUAUAUAUAUAUAUAUAUAUGUGUGUGUGUGUGUGUGUGUGUGAGCGUGAAUAUGUGCUCAGGUGAUGUUCUACAAAAUCUGAUUAUGUAUCCUCUAAAUUAUGGAUUUAAUAGUCGUAUUUAAUUUUCAUUUGAAACAAUGGAAAAAAUAAAGAAAGAAAGAAAAAAGAUAAUAAUACAAAUACUUUGAUUAUGAAAUGUUACACGGAUUAUUACAUUAGCAUAUUUCCUGUAGAAAUAUCUACGACGUUUUAAUAGAUCGUAGAUAAUACUGAAUCUUAUU